UAAAAAAAAAAAAAAACUAAAACUAGCCCUGAACCCGUGGUUGUUCCCGUGUAAUUUGAGUCGUAAGAAUUUGAACUCCUAUCCUAUGUGACAGUGGGUAUCUCAACUACGAGAAGAAGAAGAAGUAUGCAAUGUGUAAACGCACACUGGGUACCAACUGCUCAUCUUCCACAAUCAAAUUCACAGCCCAGACGAUCAAUUACCCCAACAAGAAGUCAAUUUCCAAAGACCAGUAGUCCGAAUCACAGCGACGGUAAUGCCCACGAGAGCGAGAGUUCUGAACCGGCGGCGGCAGUUCAUUUACCUUCUCACGUGAAAUCAAUCACAAGCACAUCAAACCCAUUUGUGAAGCACUGCGUCAAGCUUCGCCUCAGCUCUUCUUAUCGCCACCAGCACCGUUCAGUUCUUGUUGUCGGCGCCACCCCUAUAAGGGAAAUAUACAAGUUUUAUGAAUUAAUGCAAGAGAGAUGGGGCACAAUUGAUUGUUUACUUCUCCUUGAUAAAGGGGAGAUUCCCGAAGGAUUAGAUGGUCUCCCUGUUCGUACUGUCCGUGUCAAUUCAAUGGUGAUGAAAAAGCUUUCUGGACUGCAGUCGACUGAAUCUACUGACACAAUUAGCCUAAUGAAAGUUCCUUCAACAUUCCAUAAUUUAGAUGACAAUUGGCAAGAAGCAGACUGUCGUAGAUGGUUUCCAUCUGCACACCGAAUUCUAGUCCUCGAUGGGAUCCAGGACCCUGGUAAUCUUGGCACAUUACUUAGAUCAGCACUGGCUUUUCAAUGGGGUGGUGUAUUUCUGCUUCCUGGUUGUUGUGAUCCAUUCAACGAGAAAGCACUUCGAGCUAGCCGAGGAGCCUCCUUCCAGCUUCCUAUAGUGACCGGCAAUUGGGCUCAUCUCCAGACUCUCACAAAUACAUUCCAUAUGAAGAUUUUGGCAGGCCAUCCCCAGAGUAGGGAUCAGUUGAAGCCAGUGUCUUUGCUUUCUCAAGCGCUUGCAUAUUCUUUUGCUGAAACGCCACUAUGCUUGGUCCUGGGUAGUGAAGGCAAUGGACUUUCUGAGAAAACAAGGCAGGUAUCUGAGCUCAUAAGCAUUCAAAUGAUCGGAGAAUUUGAGUCUCUCAACGUUUCUGUUGCUGGCGGGAUUUUCUUGUUUAUGCUACAGCCUGUGGACCAUUGAUAUUCCAGAUUCUGUGUAAAUAGUCAUGCAAGAUACGGAGUAUAAGAUAUGGUCUUUUGCUCUAGUAACAUGGACUGGAGGCUGAUGGACAGGUACAAGUUUGACCUACUUUGAGUUGCCAUUUGGGAAAAAUGAUAGAACAAGACACACACACAGGCUGUAGUGGUCGAAAACAAAAGAGGGGCACCAGUGCAUGAGUACUGUAGGGUCUCGGGAAAGGUAGAUGUACAUAGCCUUAUCUCUGCAAUUGGAGAGGGUGUUUCUCCGACUUGAACCCGUGACCACCUGGUCACAUUGGGGUAACCUUAUUGUUUUGCCCGGGCCAUACCGGAAUCAUUGGUGAUGUAAUGCUGAUAAAUUCCCUGAUUCAGGAAUUGAUUGAAAUGAUACUAUGGUUUUUUCCAUUUUCCUCUUAAAUUCAAUGACACUAUGGGUUUGGCCGA